AUGAACAGCUCCGUUGAUAUAGUGGAGGACGCAGAUGUGGAGCCAGAUGAGCCGGACGAGUUGGAUGAGGUGCUUCGCAGACUCGGGACUGCACGACUUGGCAAGCUGGCUCAGAGGGGCGUCGUCCUGACGUGGACCUUCGUAACUGCCUGCCUGUGUCUCGCGCUUUUGUCGCCCUUUCUGGCCUUCGCCUACCUUCUCCUCGCGCCCCCUGCUUUGACCUGGGUGAUAGUCCAGAGCCCCACCAGCGACAAGUGGAGCUCAUCAUACGUAGCAGCUUGCCUUUGUACCUGGUGUUGUGGUUCCAUCGCAUUCCCUUGGGUCAUAACCUUUUAUGCAGGCCCCCAGGGCUCUGUGUCAAUCCGGGUCCUCCUGCUUGCCCUCUUUCUGACGGAGCUUGUCUUAGCGGCAGCUCUGCUGAAGAUGUUCCAGAUCAAUCGCAUGUCCUUGCUUCCCACCUGCCAACUUGAUGUUGUGCAGUGGAGCCUUUGGUCCGUGUUAUCGUUAAAGCUGGUUGGUGUUGGGCUUGAUUGGUACUCCUUCUCGGAACUCGUGCUGCGGUUUCCCGGCCUCCAGCUCCCACCCACCGUGCGAGCGAUGGUGAAGCAGCUCUUUCGCAUGCCCCUCGAUUGGCUUUCGAGCUGGAUGGGCUUCGCCAGCGGGCUGGAGCUGCUGCUGGGCGGGCUUCUAGUCAUAGCCUUCUUGCUUCUUGCCGCACUUCCACUUUAUGCGUCUCUGAAAUUCUUGAAGCAUGCGCCUGAAAAGAGGGUGUGGCUUAAGAAUAAGUUCAGGAUCAAUGUUGACUGGCUAGUACAGAAGGUUGAUCACACUUCAGACGGUCUUGACAUCAUUGAUUCUGUGUGCAGCCCCUCACUGCUGCCGUUCCUGGGCUGCCUCUUGAGAUUCAUCGUCUGCAGAGAAGACGCGAACACAGGCUUUCAAACACUGGCGGCGGAUCCCAGCACCCUGUGCUGGACGGGCUGGCAUGCUGCACUGGGCUAUGCAUCAAGCGCCCUCAUCGCGUCCUAUCUUCCCGCUGUGUUUGCUCUAGGAUUGAUCCACCGUGUAGAAAUUAGCGGACAGUUCGGAAAUCAUACAGUUCAGGCAAAGGUCACUUCAGCACCCGCUUUUAAAUUUGUCGAGAUGCCACUGAAAGCCUUUGCUGUUGGACUGAUGGCAGUGCUUCCAGAGUCGCAAGACUGGGAGGUUGGGGCCGUCAUCAAGAUGUUUGGCCUUCUCGUUGUUUCCGUCGGCCUCGCGCUGGCCGCUAGAUACAUUGGCCCUUCUAACUAUCUGGCCCUCAAUCGCAUACAAGAGCUUGCAAGCUGGUCCAUGUGCAUAAACACAGGAUUUGCACUUCUUGCCACCUUGGCUUCCGUUGGAGAAUCCGUGUGGCUGCCUUUGUCUUGGUGCUUCUGUCAGAUAAUGCUCUGGAGAUGUUUCUACGGGCCCAUUGCGGACCAAGGCGAGCCUGGCUUUCUGCAGCAAGCUGCCAUGCAGCUUAGGCUUCGGCGCUGUUUCCGCGCAUUCUUUUGUCUUUCUUCCCUCACUCUGGUUGUGCUGGCCACUCGCUGGCCGGAAAUCCUGGCCUACAACAUAAGCACUUACCAUGAAGAACUCUUCCACUACAGCCAUGAUGCUUCCUUGCUGAUGAGCGCCUGUACACUCACAGUGCGUCCUUGCAGUGCAGACCCACUGUGUCAGCACGCCGGGUUCGGUAUGAUCCGUAGGUGGGGAUCACUACAAGCUCCGCUCCUAGACGCCUCGGACAUCAUGCAUGGCCAGUUAAAAAGAGUGUGGGUUAAGUCCACGUCCUACAACGCAUGCGACAUCGCCUUGUGGCCUCGAGCAUCCGACACAUUGCGGGUCACAACCACUGGCCUGAGCCUGAUUCGUGUCGAUGCGGCUCUCGAAGCCUUGCAUGUCAAACAUCUUAAGGAUGACAUGGACGAAGCCUGUACUGGGCUGCAUGCAGCAGUGAAUGUGUCCGGUGCGCAGCAUUUCACCUUUCAGUCCGCUUGCUCCAGCACUCUCUGGGCGGUACUUGAUCUUAGCUAUCAGCCGCUGGCGAUCAGCAUUGAGGCCAAUGGCGGACACUUGGACGUCCGCCUUCAGGGAAGUUUGGCAUCGGACACGGCAGAGUGCCUCCGUCCAAACCUCACAUGCCUAGAGGGAGCUAGCCAGAUCAACCAUGCUUGCAACGCCCUCUUCCUCAAUGCGACGCUCCAUCAGGGCACCCGGCUAACUGUUGCAGAAUAUCAACACCCUUUACAAGUCGCAGGGGUGUUUCACAAUAGCACUCUGGAGAUGCUGGCAGCAGCAGAGUGGGACCACUUUAUCGUCUUUCGAAAUUGGCCACAGGAGCAAACUGUCUUUCUACAGCCAGCUGCCGCCACGACACUCGUGCAUCUUCCUUGGGAGCCACUUCAGGUUUUGAAGCCAUGGUGGCUGGCGGUGAUGUCUGCGGGGCUGUUCCCGUUGCCACCCGCAUCAGUUGAGCUGCAGUACGAAGGGUGUAGCUCCAUGGGUGAGGUUGCACCUCUCGUCCUUGCAGAGUCACAGAGUCAAGCUCGGCUGGCGCUCAUCCCAACUCCCGGUCGGCCAUGGCAACGAGCACAUCUGGCCAGUGAAGGGGCAGCCCAUUACUUGGACAUGGAUGUCUUGAGCAGUGUGUGGGCACCCCUGUGCGUGGCACUGUGCUCCUUGAUUGCAGCAUGCGGCGGUGUAGCUGCUUGGUUUGGUGUGCUGCUCCUCAUGCGCCAGCUGUGCUACAGGUGCCCAUCCACAGCAUCCACCGUGAAGGGCAGCAUUUUCUCACCUGCUGGAGCGUGGCGCACUCUCAAAGAGCUACCAUGCUUUUGGAGCGGCCUUUCCGCGCUGCUCGCCUGGACGGCGUCAGGUGCAGAAAGCCCCAUCUCCGAAAUGAUGGCAAUGCCGGGCGUUUUGAUCAGAUCCACUCAGCAAGCCCGGCAUGAAUCUUGGAGCGCAAGAGAGGAGCUUGAUGCGGGAGUUGGUGAUCCAUCUCCAGCCAUCCGCUGGAUGGAGUUCCACCUCAUGUGCACUGGACAAGAUGAUUAUCGGGUGAUUCGGCUGAGCAAGCUUCUCAGCGAUGCACUUUGGCAAGUGAGACAGGCUGCUGCUGAAGCACUGGGGCAGCUGGGCCCAUCAGCUGCGCCGGCUGUGGAGCAGCUAGGUGAGGCUCUCAGAGAUGCAGAUGCGGACGUGAGACAGGCUGCUGCUCGUUCACUGGGGCAGCUGGGCCCAUCAGCUGCGCCGGCUGUGGAGCAGCUGGGUAAGGCUCUCAGCGAUACACGUGUGAAGGUGAGACAGGCUGCUGCUGAAGCACUGGGGCAGCUGGGCCCAUCAGCUGCGCCGGCUGUGGAGCAGCUGGGUGAGGCUCUCAUCGUGAGACAGGCUGCUGCUCGUUCACUGGGUCAGCUGGGCCCAUCAGUGGAGCAGCUAGGUGAGGCUCUCAGAGAUGCAGAUGUGUACGUGAGACAGGCUGCUGCUCGUUCACUGGGGCAGCUGGGCCCAUCAGCUGCGCCGGCUGUGGAGCAGCUGGGUGAGGCUCUCAGAGAUGCAGAUGAGGACGUGAGACAGGCUGCUGCUCGUUCACUGGGGCAGCUGGGCCCUUCAGCUGCGCCGGCUGUGGAGCAGCUGGGUGAGGCUCUCAGCGAUGCACUUUGGCAAGUGAGACAGGCUGCUGCUGAAGCACUGGGGCAGCUGGGCCCAUCAGCUGCGCCGGCUGUGGAGCAGCUAGGUGAGGUUUCUCUCAGAGAUGCAGAUGCGGACGUGAGACAGGCUGCUGCUCGUUCACUGGGGCAGCUGGGCCCAUCAGCUGCGCCGGCUGUGGAGCAGCUGGGUAAGGCUCUCAGCGAUACACGUGUGCAGGUGAGACGGGCUGCUGCUGAAGCACUGGGGCAGCUGGGCCCAUCAGCUGCGCCGGCUGUGGAGCAGCUGGGUGAGGCUCUCAUCGAUGCAGAUGCGGACGUGAGACAGGCUGCUGCUCGUUCACUGGGUCAGCUGGGCCCAUCAGUGGAGCAGCUAGGUGAGGCUCUCAGAGAUGCAGAUGUGUACGUGAGACAGGCUGCUGCUCGUUCACUGGGGCAGCUGGGCCCAUCAGCUGCGCCGGCUGUGGAGCAGCUGGGUGAGGCUCUCAGAGAUGCAGAUGAGGACGUGAGACAGGCUGCUGCUCGUUCACUGGGGCAGCUGGGCCCUUCAGCUGCGCCGGCUGUGGAGCAGCUGGGUGAGGCUCUCAGCGAUGCACUUUGGCAAGUGAGACAGGCUGCUGCUGAAGCACUGGGGCAGCUGGGCCCAUCAGCUGCGCCGGCUGUGGAGCAGCUAGGUGAGGCUCUCAGAGAUGCAGAUGCGGACGUGAGACAGGCUGCUGCUCGUUCACUGGGGCAGCUGGGCCCAUCAGCUGCGCCGGCUGUGGAGCAGCUGGGUAAGGCUCUCAGCGAUACACGUGUGAAGGUGAGACAGGCUGCUGCUGAAGCACUGGGGCAGCUGGGCCCAUCAGCUGCGCCGGCUGUGGAGCAGCUGGGUAAGGCUCUCAUCGAUGCAGAUGUGUACGUGGUGGCCGCUACCGCAGGUGCCUUGACCGCCCUUUGCAAGGCAGGCGUUGCACGCUUUGAUCUUCAUGCAAACCAGCUGUGCGAAGUGGUCGUGCGCCUUUCAUCAGAUUUAUUAGUGUGCUUCGGCUCUGCGAAGCUCAGGCAGAGUAUCCUGCUUCUGCUUGAUGGCCUGGCAGAGCUGGAUCAUGCUCGUGCCCUCCCGUGCUUGAUGCAGGUGGCCGCAGCUGAUCUUCCUCACCCGCAGCUUCGCGACCAUGCCUUGAAUCUUGUGUUGCGUCUCCUGCAGUCCCAUGACAAGCCGGCGCUUGCCACCAAGGCCAGCGAAGUGUUCCAGUCCACGUGUGCUGUUUUAUCCUGUGGGCAAGCCGUCGCGGCUCAGGACUCACAGGUGCACAGGCAAAGGCUAACGCACGCAGAUCUCAGCUGCUUGACUGAGGCUGUCUGUCGCUUCCAAGACAUAACGCGACCGCGCCACCCGGCUGCCUUCGACAUCUCCAGUGAGUCGACACGCCAAGCAUUGCGAGCCUUUGGGAUGGAGCUCAUCCUCGAAGCCGAGCGCGAGCGUUGGGAGGGUUGCAUGGACACGUGGCCCGGCCACGCUGCAGCGAUGCUGGAGUCGCGGCCGCGACGGCCACGUCACCUCAACCUUGUGGCACUUCGUGCAGUGGCACGGAGAGCCGCAGCCUUACAGCUAUUUUGUUCAGGCAAGGCGAGGCUGCCUAGGCAUUUGCCGUACGUGCUGCCCGUGCUGCGGCCGGGUUGGCUGUUGGUGGACAUGUUUUCAGGCCUGGUGCAUGCGUUUGUUUGCUUUGCCUUCGGCUUCUGGCCCUGCCUUAUCUCUUUGGUCCUGGCCAUAGCAGAGGAGCCAUAUGCCACCUGGUCGCCAGCCGACCAUUUGUCCAGCCUGCACCUCACCCGAUUCACCGAACUCCCAAGGCAGCUCAUGGCGGCCGAGCCGCUGGGCUGGAUCCUCUUCCCCUCGUGCUGUGCUUCCUCUUUGCUGCUCCUCUGCAGCUGUCUGCACUCCUACUUUGUUGCGUCCCUUCCCUGCACCUUCCUGCACCUCCAGGCAGAUGCCGCCGCGCGGUCCGCAGCCCGCGCCCUCCACGCCUCUGCCGUCACGCGCCUCUUGGCGGCUCAGAUGCUGAGCCACAUCUUGCCUUGGUUGUGCUGUGCCGUCUCGGUGGCUGCGGCCGCCGCAUAUGCCACCUUGGUCCUUGUGUGGGUUUUAGUUGGCCUGCUGGUUGAUGCUCAGCGCAUGGUGCCGCUCGUCGCCUCAAUCUUCAGCUUUGCCGCGCUCAUCACCAGACGUGCCCGGUUCUUUCUGCAGCUGCGGAAGCAGGUGAUCAUUGAGCUGCAUGAGCUCGCCGGCAAGGUGCUGCUCCGCAUCGUCGGCGCUGCCAUCGCUGCACUCGCCCUCAGAUCAGAGCACGAGCAGAGCCUGGAGCGACUCAAAGGUGGCCAAGGCACCGACACAGACCUCUUCUUUGCUCUUGCGCAGCCUGGGGACGGGGAAGGACCUGUCGUCAGCACAGCUCGGGCACGACUGGUAUACCGGGUGCUCCUCCCCAAAGAGCGGCAGAACCUCAUGUUGCAAAAGCUUGCAGGGUCCGAGCAGGUGCCGUCCGUACUCGAUCUCCCAACUUUCCUUGCCUUCCAAGAAGCGAUGAGAGCGGAAGCGAUCCACCGGCUGAUCCGGAAGCUGGGCCUCGACAGCCUGUCGAUCUGGCGCACACUGAAGCGCCUGAGCAUUGUGGGGCUCCUCCUCUUCGCCCUUCUUUUCGUGGUGCUCACAGCAUUCCCAAUCUCCCAGGACCCUAUAGGCCUGGCCGUCUCUGGCCUGCUCCCUGUGGCGUUGGGCUUGCUGCUGAACGGAUCGCUUCCUUCCACGAAGCUGCAGGACCUCGCGCAACAGCUCGAGGAGCAGUGCAACGACUGGCAGGAGAUGGGAGUAGACUUCUUGCGCCAGUCGCAGGUCGCCUUGAAGCAGAGGCUGCAGAGCCUAAUGGGCCUAAUGGCUGAAUUCGACAGUACUGGUAGCGGCUUCCUGGAGUCUUGCAGCACUUGGCUGCAGCAGUUAGACUUCCUGACCAUCGCCUGCCUGAUCGAAGAGCUGGGCAGCGCCGAGCAGCUCCUGGAGUCCCUGGAGCAGCCUGCUCUUCUCCUGACGAAACUCGCCAAUCUCCAACUCCAAGAGGCCCUCCCGACUUCUGUCACCAACGGCCUCUGGCACCUCUGCGUUGACCGCGGCCUUGUUCUGCUGAGCAGCACGUUGCCUCUGCCCGACUCCGUCCCGCACGCACUGAAGGCCCUCCGCAUGACGCCCCGUCUCGCCCAUCUUUUGCAGGAUGCCGCCCACGCUGCAUACUCGGGUGGGGGCGGGCCGAACUGCCAGCUCCUGCGCUUGCUCUGCCGGCUCCUUCGUGGACUCCUCUCUGAGCUGCCCCACGAGGCCCUGCAAGAUCUUUGGCGCCACCUCUGCCAAUCGGCUUGUGCUUUGGGUGCCGACCUCGGCGUCGGGCCAUCGCUGCUCCACGCCUGCCAGGACCCGGACUUUGAAGGCGUGGAAACCUGCCUAGCAGCAGGUCUCGAGCGCUUCGAGGAAGAAUUGGAUCUCGACUGCAUCGACUCGCAGAGCUUGCAGAAGUCACUGGAGGCCAGCCUCCGCCAACUCACUUUGCAAAUCCUUGCAGAGGCCCUCCGCAAGGUCGCCCGAGACCUGUGCCCAGAGGCAGCGGCUUCCCCGCAGUUCGGGGAGUUCCUGGAUGAGGUGAUAAGCUCACCAGACGUGCUUGAUCUUCUGAGGGAUCCCGAGCGGUACCUCCGCAGCAUCGCAGCCGGCGCAGGCAACCUGAGCCUUCAAUGGGUGCUCCUGCGACAGAAGCCAGUCUUGGAGCAGGCGCUGGGACGCCCCGUGAGCGACCAGCACAUGACGAUGCUCGUCCACGUUGUUGGCUCCCAGCUCUUCACAAAGGAAGGCCAGCAGGGAGGUGCCGGAGGAGGAAGAGGAGGCCUCCGGCACCUCUGCGAGCUCCUCCGAAGUCCGGCGAGCUUGGUGCCGCAUCUGCUCGAACUCUCUCUGCAAGAAGCCAGCCUCCUCGAGCCUUUCUGGAGUUGGGCCCGGGAAGUGGCGCUGGACUUUGUCAGGUGCACUGGGCUUCAGGGCGCAGUCCCGUUGCUGGAAUCCUUGGACCUGCCCCGGCUUCUCCGCGCAACAAAGAAAGUCUUCAUCCUGCCCAACAGUGAGAGUCGCAGGUGCAACAGCCUGGAGAUGUGCCGGCUGCUGGCACAAGCCGCCCUCCUUGCUGCCACGGAGUCAGGGCUCAUCGACUUGGAGAUGGUCCUCAACGACCUCAUGGCCCUGGCGCUCGCGGAGCUCGGCGCCGGGCUCGACGUCCAAGUCAGAGGCGCCGCUUUGGAAGCCUGCCGCAGCGUCGCCCGUGACUUUCUCGCACAUUUCGAGGGCAAACCGCCGGUGGAGUUGAUACGCGAUCCACGCAGCUGCCUGGCAAAGCUCUUCAGCAUCGUUGCCGCACACGAGGAGAACCUGCCCGAGCCUUACGUGGAAAGUUGUGACUUCCUGGUACGGUCUUGCACGGUCUGCCUUCAGAUGAGGUCCCGCCUCGAACCUCUUUGGCAGUGCCUGGUCCGCGUCCUCGAUGCUUCGCUGGACGGCGAGCCCGCGCCAUUCCUGAUGAAGGUCCGCCAAGGUCUGGGCAGCGUCCAGCUCCAGGACAUGCUGCCCCUCCCCGAAGUCACCUGCCUGGACCAUGUGCUCCUUCACGUUCUGAAGUGGCUCCUCUUCAGCAUGGAGCAUGAGCUGCAGGACUCGUUCCAGCUAGAUCUGGAAGGUUUGCUCGGCUCUGACCCCAAGAUUGCGGUGCAGGACCUCAUCCAACCACUCACCUUGGAGCAGCUCAGGACCUUCUGCUGCAACCCGAAGCAAGUGCAGCAAGCCCUCCAAGCAUUUGCGGAAGAGAACGUGGGCCUGGCCCUGACCCUGGCCAUCUCCAACCUCUCCUGGAAUCUCGAGGGACUGGAACUGGACCCAAAAGCUCCGGUGUCCCCGGCUCAAGUCCUCCGACUUCGUGGCCUACUCACAGCCUCCCCUCAGCUGCUCAUCACGCUGAAGGAGCACUUGGCUGAUCCCGCCCACUUCUUCCCAAACUUGCUGCUCUUGCUCCUGAACAUCACCGAUGCGGAGGUGCCGCGGACCCUCGCGGCAGCAUUCCGCAAGUCCCUGCUUGUCAUAAGCUUUGCUCUUGAGUGCGCACUGAGGCAGGGGUUGGAGCCAUUCUUUGACAAGGCAAAGCAAGCAUUGAUCCGGAUCUUUGAGCAGGUGAUCGGUGGCUUCGUGGGCGAAUGUGGCGAAGCCAGACAGCUCCACGACGCCGCAGUGGCAAAGCUGUCAGCGAUGAAGCUCCUUGACUUCCUGCACGUCGCAAAGCGGCUGCGAUCAUUCAGCGACAUGGAGGAGGUGAUCUUGAAGACCGCGCUGAUCAGCGUGGAGGAGGUGCUGCAGGCCGAGCUCUUGAAGUCGAUCGACUUCCCCGCCAGCGCCGCCAUCUGCCACGACCUUGACAUCCCUUCCAUGCUGGAUUCCCUGACGUCGAAGAACCUGAAGGACUUUUUCCUGGAUCCCCGCACAGCCUUCGGAAAACUGCAGGAGCAGUUGCAAGACCCUGGGGCCCUCAUGCUGUCCCUGCUGCAGAACCUCACGGAAGCCAAAGUGUGUGCAAGGUCGGAGCUCGAACCCUUCUGGGCUGAGGCAAAAGGCGCGUUCCUCAAGGUGAUGCCAAUGGGCACAGCAUCCAACUUGCUCCAAAGCACGGAAACUCUCCGGCUAGAAGACUUCCACCGCGCCCUCAAGCAGGUGGAAGCAGCCGCCUCUGGCACGUCCAGCGGCUCUGCGCUCGUCUUGAAAACCGUCCUCUUCAUCAUGCAAAAAGAGCUGUCACUUCCAAACGAGCUGGUCGACGUCGACGUGCCUUCGGUUCUGGAUUGUUUGAGCCUUGCUGAUCUGAAGCGCGCCUGUCACGAUCCGGGCGCAGUAUUCCAGAGGCUGGCCCAGGAACACCAGGACGUCGCGCUGACCUUGGCAGUCUCCAAGCUCUCCAUGCAAGCUUCCAUGGAGGAGUUUCUGCCUGAAGGCCUGCGCGGACAUGGCCUGGAGGCCAAGAACCUGAUCGCGUUAGUGCGGGCCCUGCAUGCCGGACAGCAGCUGCACUUGGGGACACCGGACAGGACCCUCAAAAUGCUUAAGGGCCACUUGGCAGACCCGGCAGCCCUCGUGUUGUCGCUGCUUCGGAACCUCACCACCGCUCAGGCGUCCCUCUUGGAGCCCGUCUGGGCAGCUGCAGUGGCCCAGCUUGCAUUGCCAGAGAUCGGCCUCGGCAUGGAGAUCGAUCUUCGGGCGGAGCUACAGAAGAGCAGCCUGGAGAGGUUCCUGCCGUAUUUGCGGGAGUUGCUUGCAGCAUCACCCCAGAAGCCGGACUUCCUGCUGCUCUUGCUGAAGGCUGCAGUGCUUGGGAUGAAAGCUCUCUUUGCAGAGCGCUUCGGCCAGAAGGCAGAUGCUUGCAUCGAAUGCCUGAUCCAGCAAGCCAGCGUAGCGGACCUGAAACAGGUCCUCAAGGAUUUUCAGAGGGAGCCGAAAGCCACCUUGGAACGCUUCGCAGCCAGCCAUGGGGAUGUGGCCAUCAUCCUGGCCGUCUCCGCGUGUCCGGGCCUGCAGCAGUUGCUGUCUCAGUGCGACCUCACCGAGCAGAGCCUCCGCGCCAUCGUCAAGGCCCUGAUCUCCUGCGCCUCGGCGUUCUCGCCUGUGUCCUCGUCCGUGUUCUCGAGCGUGUCCUCGCGAGAGCUCGCGCAGCUGCUGUGCGACCCCUGGACGCUGCUGCUCUCAGUGCUCUGGUCUGCGCUGGAGCCACUGUGGCGAUGGCUGCGCGGCCAGUUCUCCCGUGCCCUGCGCACGCGUCCUGCCUUCGUGGAAGGCAGCCUCACAGCAAAGGUCGUAGAGGCCUUGGAGGUGAGCACGCUGGAAAGCCUGUUGCCUUCCUUGCAAUCUGUGGCGCGCUGGGAGCACGACCCGGUGCAGGGCUUCGAGGUGGCUGUGAAGGCUCAGCUGCUCUGCCUCCUGGCGGAAGCCAUGGCGGAGCCCAUGAAGCCAGGGGGAUGGACUGCAGCUGUCGGAGCUGUCGAGCAACUGCAACUGAUCCUGGCGUCCCUGAAGGUGGAGGACCUGGAGGAGAAGCUCUUCGUUCUCUGGACCAAGCCAGACAAAGCUGUGCUAAAGGACCUCGCCCAAAGAAGCGCCGAGGAGCUCCACAGAUUUGAGGCAGGCGACCUCUCUGUGGCGACGCGAGCUGCUGCGGGAUGUCAGGAGGUUGCGUCCCUCAGCCGCUUCUUUUCGAUGGCCAGUUUCCUGAAGGCGGAAUUCCCCCCCAAGGAUAGCCAACUUGGCGAGCUCCUGGCAAAACCGCACACCUGGCUGAUUCCGUUGCUCAAUGUCAAAGACAUGUGUGAUGCGCAGAUGCAGCAGUUGCAAAUCGUAUGGCCUGCGAUGGUGGAGAGGCUGUUCGACACGGACCCGAAGCUGGAGCUGGAGUCAGCAUCGAAGGAGCACCUGCAGAAGAUCUCUCUGACCAGUCUCCGGCCAAUGUUGCAGCAGUUUGGGGAGCUACCUCUGGAGCUUCCGAAGCUCCGAGAGCUGCUCUUGAAGGGCAGUCUUCUUUGCUUGGAACAGGAGGGCGCCUUCCACGGUGAGCUAAGUGCGCUGGGUGUCCAUGUCCCCUUAGCCCCGCUGCUGGAGCUUGCGAGCAGCGAGCAGCUGGAGAGCCUCUUUCGAACGCCCGCGACGACGCUGAAGGAGGUCUCCGGGGAGGUGGGGCAGUUCCCGCUCAGCGAGGUCCUGUUGUCUGCACGGCGGAGCUCCGUGAGGAGAACGCUCGGGGUCCAGGGCCUUGGCGACGCCUACGUGGACGUGAUGCUCCGCGUGCUCUACGACCGCGACCACGCUCCGCGCGGAGCUCGGUGCCCGGAGCCGGCGGAGGUGCUCUUCCGGAUUCUGACGCUGCUCCCGAACCACCUGCAGGCGAACGGGCUGCGGGGCAUCUCCAAUGUGUACAUGGAGCAGCUGAAACAGCUGAACCUGGUCGACGCCGGCCCAGUGCUCCAGGCCUUCUUCCAUUCGCGUCCAGAGGUCGCAGAGGUCGAGGCCCUGCAGCCCCUUUUGGCGUGCUUGCUGGUGAAAUGCCAAGAGCAGAUCCGGAAGGCUGCAAGCAAGCAAGGCUUCCAGUCCAAGUUGGAUUUGGAGGCGUUGGUGCCUUUGGCCAGCCAAGACGAGUUGCAGCUGUUCAUGAAGGAGCCUCCCGAGAAGGUCAAGGCCUUUGAGGUGUUUGCGGAACUCCGCAAGGCUAAGGAAGCCAACGAAGCCAACGAGGCCAGCGAGGACAGCAAGUACAGCAAGUACAGGCCUCUCCUCACCUUCUUGGAGCAGUCGCACCUGAUGAUCGGGGACUUGUUUGCGCUUCUCCUCCUGAUGAAAAGCACAAGUGGCUGCAACGGCUCAGACAAAGUCGCCCAAUGGGUAAACAAUCCAACAACCUUCGCUGAAGAUCUCGAGGCCAACAAGGACCUCGCGAUCCUCGUGCGGCUGCGCAAGAAGAUGGCCGCCUUGAAGGUUGCUUGGGAGGACAUGUUGGCUGUGAUCCGCGUUGGACAACCAGACCCUUCGGACGUCGAUGGCUGGCUUCGGCUGCUGAGCAUCGAGGAAGGCUACGGAGCCUCGCAGGCGGCCAAGCUGCUGGCGAUCUCGAAGCGGCGCCGGGAGCUGCAACCUGUGCUCGCCGCGGAGCGCCUCCGCUGGCUUCACCUCCGAGAUGGCCUCGCGAAGCGCAAGGACAUUGCACCCGAGGUAAUCCGACAUGCCAAGCCCCUCGAGCUGCUGCGGCAGUGGCAGCGGGUGCAGAACGAAAUGGGACGACAUGGCAAGCCUGGCAUGCAUGAAGGUGCAGAAGCAGCGAUGUAUCCUCCAAUCCCUGGUCGGCGGAAACUUGCAGAGCAGCCUGGGCAGCCCGCUCCAACUGAGACCACGCCGGACGCAGUUCCUCCAAAUGCUGACCGGCAGCCCGCUCCAGUUGAGACCACGCCGGACGCAGUUCCUCCAAAUGCUGACCGGCAGCACGUUUUGAUUGAGACCACGCCGGACGCAGUUCCUCCAAAUGCUGACCGGCAGCCCGCUCCAGUUGAGACCACGCCGGGCGCAGUUUCUCCAAAUGCUGACCGGCAGCCCGCUCCAGUUGAGACCACGCCGGACGCAGUUCCUCCAAAUGCUGACCGGCAGCCCGCUCCAGUUGAGACCACGUCGGAUGACGCUUGGCUGCAAGAUUGGGACAAGUUGCGUGUUGCCUGUGUCGCGGGGCGUUUCUUGCAUUGCUGGGAACAGGCAGUUCCUCCAAUUGCUGACCGGCAGCCCGCUCCAGUUGAGACCACGCCGGACGACGCUUGGCUGCAAGAUUGGGACAAGUUGCGUGUUGCCUGUGUCGCGGGGCGUUUCUUGCAUUGCUGGGAACAGGCAGUUCCUCCAAUUGCUGACCGGCAGCCCGCUCCAGUUGAGACCACGCCGGACGACGCUUGGCUGCAAGAUUGGGACAAGUUGCGUGUUGCCUGUGUCGCGGGGCGUUUCUUGCAUUGCUGGGAACAGGCAGUUCCUCCAAUUGCUGACCGGCAGCCCGCUCCAGUUGAGACCACGCCGGACGACGCUUGGCUGCAAGAUUGGGACAAGUUGCGUGUUGCCUGUGUCGCGGGGCGUUUCUUGCAUUGCUGGGAACAGGCAGUUCCUCCAAUUGCUGACCGGCAGCCCGCUCCAGUUGAGACCACGCCGGACGACGCUUGGCUGCAAGAUUGGGACAAGUUGCGUGUUGCCUGUGUCGCGGGGCGUUUCUUGCAUUGCUGGGAACAGGCAGUUCCUCCAAAUGCUGACCGGCAGCCCGCUCCAGUUGAGACCACGCCGGGCGACGCUUGGCUGCAAGAUUGGCACAAGUUGCGUGUUGCCUGUGUCGCGGGGCGUUUCUUGCAUUGCUGGGAAAAGGCAGUUCCUCCAAAUGCUGACCGGCAGCCCGCUCUAGUUGAGACCACGCCGGACGACGCUUGGCUGCAAGAUUGGGACAAGUUGCAUGUUGCCUGUGUGAUGCUUUCCGAUGCUGAAGCCCUGGCGGCCCAGCCCAUCCUGGCUGCCGCGAAGAGAGCUCUCGAAGAGAGGUUUCCCGUGCAGGCCCAUGGCCAAGACCUGGAAGCAGCUCUGCGGCUCCUGAAUGUGCGAGAGUUGGAGGAGCUGGCCAACAGCUCGCAGCCCGACGCGCUCCUUUGGCUGCUCCUGGGGAGGGCCCUGAGGUUGUCGCCAGGCGCUGGCCGGAGCCAUCAAAGUCAACUCCUCGCUGACCCAGAUCAACUGGAAUGGGGCGGCUUCGGGUCUGCCGGGACCGAGGCAGGCUCGGGGCUCCCAGGGUUUCUCUCCAAGGCUAUCGCGGAGCUUUUGCUGAGUCUAACUGCGAAUUGA